AUGCAGAAAUCUCAAGCAGGUUCAAUACCAAUUAUAAGUACUACUAAACCAGGAGGAAGGGACUUACUUCCACAUUUGAAAGAAUUAGAUUAUAACUUCAUCAUUCAAAAGAACACUCCUUUUAUUGACAGUGACUUCCCUGCUAACAGCUCAUCACUUUCAAAUAGAAAUACUAAGCUAAACUACAUCUAAUAGAACCAGUGGUCCUAAUUCAGAUGGGCAAGACCUUAAGAAUUAUUUGACUCUGAGACUUUCUCAAUAUUUUUUGAGGACAUUAGCCCUAAUGACAUUCUAUAAGGCGAUCUUGGUAACUGCUACUUCCUCUCUGCUUUAUCUGCUAUUGCAGAAUUUCCAUAGCGAAUCAAGGAUAUCUUUGCGGUAUAGGAGAGCAACUCUUCAGGAUGCUAUGCAGUCAAGAUAUGCCUUAACGGUGAAUUCAAGACCAUUGUGAUAGAUGAUAUGUUUCCAUGUGCAGAUGGUGAUGGGCUUGGAAACAGCGAAUUAACUCCUGCCUUCUCUAAAACUAAAAAUAAGGAAUUAUGGGUACUAAUACUUGAAAAAGUAUGGGCUAAGAUUAAUCAUACCUACGAAAACACUAUAACCGGGUUUGCAAGCGAAGCUUUCAGAUGCUUGACUGGAGCGCCAGUGGAAUUUCAUAAUCAUGACUACAUUGAAGAUAUCUGGGAUUAAAUUGUCGAAGCUGACUAAAGGAACUAUAUCAUUUGCACUUCAGCUGGGAAAACAAACUUAUCGGAUGAGGAUUACAAUAAGAUCGGCUUAGUUAGUGAUCAUGCAUAUGCUGUGAUUUAAGCUGUUGAUAUCUAGACUCAGGAAUAUGGAAGACUAAAGCUGCUAAAACUUAGAAAUCCUUGGGGUCAUAAAGAAUGGAUGGGUGACUGGUCUGAUAAAUCAAGCAAAUGGACAGAUGAACUGAGGAAGAAGCUGGAAUUUGUAGAUGCAGAUGAUGGUGUCUUUUUCAUUUCUUACUAGGACUACAUGAAUUACUAUCGCAGCACCACAAUAUGCAAAGUUCAUGAUGGCUUUCAUCACAAUUCUAUCAAAAUUGAUAGUGCAAACAAGCCUAUGGCUGGCUAGUCUAGUAUUGGCGCAAGACCUUAUGACUUAAUCAAAAUAACUUUGAAAGAGAAGGGAAAAAUAUUUGCAACUGUAGUUUAGCCAACAAAAAGAUUUGUAGCAUAAAAUUUGAAAGGGUCUGAAAACUACGACACUAGUUUUGUGAAGAUCAUAUUGGGCAGGUACAAUGAAGAGAACUUCGCUGAGAUGUUUACCUUUUUGGAGUCUAAGUGCUCAAACUAUGACAAUGUGACUGUGGAGAGCAAAGAUGAGUAUGAACCUGGUGAGUACAUAUUGCUUGUUGAAAUCGACUGGAGACAAGAUAUAUACAAGGAAUAUGUCUUAUAGAGUUAUGCAUCUACUGAUUAGGUUGAACUAAGUUUGUUAGGCGAAAACGAGCACCCCAACUUCUUGGAGGAGGUGCUUAAAUCCUGUGCCAGAUAAAAAACUCAGAGAAAGAACUUUGAAGAUAAGGGAGAGCCAGAUGCCUUUAGAGCCAUUUCAAUAACUGAUAGUGGAGCAGAGUACGGUUACAUAUAUUAUCAGAAUGACACUAAGCAAGAGACUACCAUGUAGGAAACUUGUCUGUUUCACAAAUUGGAAAAUUUCGAGGUACUACCUCCAUAUGACAAGGCGUAGAAAGGAGGCAAUUAUUAAAUAACUGUGAAUAUAACUCCAAAUCAAAAUGCUAUCAUUAUUCUCAGAAGAACUGAUAGAUAAGCCAGCUACGGCGUCAGUUACUUCACAUCUGUUGUAUACCCAGAUGAUUACUAUCUGAAUCAAGUUUAUGACAAAGCAAAAGUUUAGAGGAUAAAUUAUCAAGGAGAGGACAAAGAUAUCUAUUUCUAUUCUCUUUUAUUUGGAGUGGGAUAUUUUUGGCUAUUUGAAAACAAAUCUGCUUCGACAUAGUUUGAGGCUAAGUUCAACUUCGAACUGACUAAUCUUUGUAGUGAAGGAGAGACACCCUCAGGCCCUUCAGACCCUUUACUUAGUACCUGGGACAUCAACCUUUAGCCCGGAGAAGUCAAAAUCAAGAAGUUAGUGAUGCUUGAUCCAGUUUAGCCCUGGGGCUAUAAGUUCUCAUACAGCUUCAAAUGCUUUGAAAUAGUCACGACAGAAGAAGAUAUCAUAAGAACUGUGAAGCAAUUUGGGUAGGUAAAGAGAUUCAAGUAUGGAAGCACUGACUAGGAUAUGACCUACACAGUACACUUCUUCAAUGAGCAGUACAUAUUCUUGUUUGAGAAUAAAGAAAAAAAGAAGCUGUUUAAGAGCACAUUCAACUUUGAGCUGACUAAUCUAAGAAUCUAAGAUGAGCCAGAUGGAGCAACUAGCUUUAAGGUUGAUGUAUAGCCAGGUUAAAGGGCGAUAAGAAAAAUAUCAAGAGUUGAUCCAAUGAUAGAGUCAAAAUAUAAAUGCUCCUACAGUUAUCAAUUCACUACUAGCAAAGUUGAGAUUAAUAUAGAUGAUGCUGAAUUAGGUCAAGAUAUAGACUAGUAUAGAGAUGAAAAAGUAUGA